CAGCGCCGCAGCCCACUGCCCCUGCCGCCAUCUAGCACCGCCGGCGCUCUCCAGACGGCCAUCGCCUCUAGCAACAUUAAGUGACAGAUUCUCAGGUACAAAUAGGGGAAUGAUCAAAAUGUGUAGACUCAAUCUCUUCCGAAUCAAAGACGGAGCUAAUUAUUAUACAACUGCCAAAACCUUGACUGACUGAAGCUCCCCACCAUGCGCCGUCAUCUCGCCCACCUCUUGCCUUCCUCCCGCCGCGGUUACGCCACCAAAUACACUGGAAAAAUCGUGACAUCUACCAACAAAGGCCGCACCUCCGCCAUAGAAGUCUCCGUCACUCCUCCGGUGCUAAUUUCCGAUGUCCGCGGCUACCCUCUCCCCCGCCGCGAGCUCAUCGCCGAAGCAACCAAACUCCUCCAAUCAAAAUCCGCCGCGUCCUCGCCCGAUUCCUUCCUCGACCUCUCUGAAUAUCUGCAAGCCCUAAACAUACCCCUAACCACCUCCGAAGUCUCCGAAAUUCUCAAAGCUUUAAAAUCCCCAACCCUAGCCCUCGAGUUCUUUCACUUUUGCCGCUCGCAUAUCCCGAAUUACCGACACGAUGCCUUCACUUACAACCGUAUUUUGUUGAUUCUCUCGAAAUCGUCUCUUCCAGACAGGACCGACAAAAUCAAAGAAAUUGUCGAUUUAAUGGCGAGGUUAAGGACUGCUGGGAACAUCUCCACCGUCAAUAUAUUGAUCACUGCGUUUAAUACUGUUGAUGGAUUGGAUAAGUGUUUGGAGUUGUUGAAGAAUUGGGGUUUGCAGCUGACUUGUUACACAUAUAAGUGUCUCGUGCAAGCAUAUUUGAGGGCAAACGAUUUGAAUCGAGCAUUGCAGGUUUAUGCACAAAUUCGGAGGAAAGGGUACAGCUUGGAUAACUUUGGUUACAACAUGCUUCUUGAUGCGCUUGCUAAAGACGAAAAGGUUGAUGUUGCAUACAAGGUGCUUGAAGACAUGAAAAAGAAGCAUUUCAGACCUGAUGAAUAUACAUACACCAUUCUAAUCAGGAUGAAUGGAAGGUUGGGCAAGCUGAAUGAGGCAGUAGCUUUAUUUGAGGAAAUGCUUUUGAAGGAUUGCAAACCAAAUUCAAUGGCUUACAAUACUAUGCUGGAGGCACUGGUUAGGAGCCGAAUGCCAGACAAAGCUAUGAUUCUUUUCUCUAAGAUGGUGGAAAAUAAUUGCAGGCCUAACGAGUUCACGUACAACCUCAUUCUCAAUGUUUUAGCUGCAGAAGGACAGCUUGGUAGACUGGAUGAGGUUGUGAAAAUAUCGAGCAAAUACAUGAAUAAGUCAAUCUAUGCUUUUCUGGUGAGAAUGCUAAGCAAACUAGGGCAUGCAAAUGAAGCGCAUAGGUUGUUUUGUAAUAUGUGGAAAUUCCAUGAGAAGGGAGACAGGGAUGCCUAUCUGUCCAUGUUGGAGAGUUUAUGCAAUGCUGGAAAAGUUACUGAGGCAAUAGACAUGUUGAGUACAACUCACGAAAAGGGAAUAAUGACAGAUACUUUCAUGUACAACACAGUUUUCUCUGCUCUUGGAAAGUCAAAACAAGUAGCUCAUCUCCUUGAUCUGUAUGAGAAAAUGAAACAAGAUGGGCCGCCACCAGACAUCUUCACCUACAAUAUUUUGAUCUCUAGUUUUGGUAGGGCUGGAAGAGUUGAUGAAGCUGUUACAAUUUUUGAAGAGCUCGAGAAUAGUGAUUGCAGACCAGAUGUUGUAUCAUACAAUUCAUUGAUUAAUUGUCUGGGAAAAAAUGGUGAUGUCGAUGAAGCACACAUGAGGCUUAAGGAGAUGCAAGAGAGGGGUUUGAAUCCCGAUGUUGUAACAUACAGUACACUGAUAGAAUGUUUUGGUAAGACUGAUAAAGUUGAGAUGGCGUAUAGCUUGUUCGACGAAAUGCUCGCUGAAGGCUGUUGCCCUAAUAUAGUUACAUACAAUAUCUUGUUAGACUGUCUCGAGAAGUCUGGGAGAAGUGCAGAAGCUGUUGAUUUGUACUCAAAGCUUAAAGAAGAGGGGUUAACUCCCGAUUCUAUCACUUAUGCAAUUCUUGAGAGAUUACAGAGCGGUUCGCAGAGAACGCAUAGAAUUCGAAAACAGAAUCCAAUUACUGGUUGGGUUGUUAGUCCAUUGAGAUGAUAAGCCAUCGUUGCUCCAUAUUCUUUUUGCCGAAGCUGCAUCCUGGAUUAAUUAUGCCAGCUCUCUGUUACGAACUCUACUGAACCGCGGAUGGAGGAGGAUACAGUAAUGGGAGCCACGGCAAGGCCGGCCUCGGAGGGGACAUCGGCUUCGCCAGAGAGGGAAGAAGAACCGGGGGAAGAAGCGGCUGACAUCAGACAGCCGGGAAGUCAAGCAGGGGAAGUCACCCACGUUGACACGGUAAGGAAGUUGAGGCCGAGGAAGGAGAUCAAGCAGCCGGAGCGCUACCAAGACUUCGUCACCAAGUAGCGGACCAGCUGCUCGACGGAAGGCUUGAAGGAGAAUAGAAUUAUGUUUCUUUAAUUUACGCCUAGAUUAUUUUGUUUUAAGUAUUUCUCUUAUUGUUUUAUAAUUUACUUUAUUGGGUCGAGCGUUUUAUAAGCUCCGUCGGGUUUUAUUUGUUGGUUCUUUCCCGACCUAUAGGAUUAGGUCGAACCAACCCUAGGGUCCAGAAUAUUAUAAAUAGGGCGUCUUCAUUAUUACGAAACUUAUGAAUGAAGAAAUAUUUUGCCCACAUCUAUUGUGCAAUACGUAAUUGAACCUACU